CCGGUUUGGGGAGACUUUUGUUUUGGUUCGCGAGUGGAGGUGUAUAUUGGUUUGUGCACAUGAACGCUUUGAGAAGACUUAAGAUGAAUCUUGGCACGGACAAGGGUUCAGAAGAAGUAACAAAGGAAGAGUGGCUGGAGAAACUCCAGGAUAUUCACAUCACUCGGGCAGACAUGAACAAGCUCAUCAUGAACUAUCUCGUUACAGAGGGAUUCAAGGAGGCAGCAGAGAAAUUCCGUCUGGAAUCUGGCAUCCAACCAUCUGUCGACCUGGACGAGUUAGACGAUCGCAUCAAGAUCCGUGAAGCCAUACAGAAUGGACACGUCCAUGAAGCAAUCUCACUAGUCAACAAUCUGUACCCAGAGUUGUUAGAUAAUGACAGAUAUCUUUACUUCAGGCUGCAGCAACAGAAGCUGAUUGAGCUGGUGAGACAGAAGGACGUAGAGGGUGCCCUGGAGUACGCCCAGACCCACCUGGCAGAGCGAGUCGAGGAGAACCCGGAGGUUUUCGAGCUGGAGAGGACGCUGGCGUUGCUGGCCUUUGAGGACCCCGAGAACUCACCUUUCGGAGAACUGCUACAUCCAUCUCAGAGACAGAAGGUUGCCAGUGAACUGAAUGCUGCCAUCCUUGAAUCCGAUUCCACUCCCAGACUGGCCAAUCUCUUGAAACUGUUGCUAUGGGCACAAGAGGAACUUGACAAGAAGAAGGUGAAAUAUCCCAAAAUGACAGACAUUGCCAAAGGAGUCAUUGAAGAUCCCAAAUGACUAUGCCGCCAUUCUGUAUAUCAGACUUAUUUAUAAUGGCAGUGCCAAAUCUGAUCUUUGCCUAGCUGAAGCCAAGGGUCAUCAUUCACUUCUUACACAGUGGAAGUUUGCUUUCGUUUAUGUCGGAUAAGAAUCUUCACUGAAUGUUGCAUGUUCAAAACGGAGAUCUCCUGUGCGACAUUGCCGCCGAGUUGGAGGUGUGAUUGUGGAUGGUGUUCAUGACACUUUUCGCUUAUAUGGCAGCUGAGAAUUUCAUCUCUUUUGGAGGAGUUUGCUUUCUGAAGUUCCUUCUUGCCAUUAAUCAAGAUCAGUAUUGAUGGCUAAUGUUUCUAUGAGGUCACUUUUGUAUACAAACCAUAAUUUGUGGGGAACAGUCAUGUCAUUGCAGUCAAACUCACGUCAUACACGUCUUAAUUACUUGACCAGCAUUUAUGACAAAUAAUUUUCAAAGACAUCCUCUUAUCAUUUGUGCUACUGAAAAGAAGGUAAAGAACAUGAUUCUUUCAUAUUACAGUGGAAGCUGUGAAAACCGGCAGCUGUCCAAGCCGACAAGUUGUCAACAUCGGCAUAAAAUCUCAGUCCUGUCCAUGGCUAGUACAUUUAUCAUCAUUUAAAAGCUCUGCAAUCUGGCAGCUGUCAAUUCCGGAUCUCGGCAUGAAAUGAGCUAACUGAAUAUGUGUUUAUACAGUAAUCAGCUCUGUCUAAUCCGGCGCGUGGCAAGGAGUCAGUAAUCCUGUGUUGAAACUACAUGGUUGCCGCCAAAGAUAAUUUAAUCUUAGUUCAGUAUGGGUGUACUUGUACCACCUUAUACAACAAUGUAUAUGAGAGUGAUAAAACUGGUUUAGUUCUAGUUGUAGGUAACCAUGUCAGCUCUACAUUCCGGCACGCUGUCAAAACCGGAUUAUUUAUUCAGUCCCAACCAGUGCUGGUUUAGACAGCUUCCACUGUAGCUUCCACUGUUGAUCAAAACCGGAUUAUUUAUUCAGUCCCAACCAGUUGUUUAGACAGCUUCCACUAUAGUUGAUCUGUCA